UUGGUUUUGUUUAUUUUACCAAUGAAUAAUGAAUACACAAGGGUUUGAAUUCAUUGUUUUACUGACGAAUUCGAAUAAUUCGUUUCAAAUUUCAAAAUUGUAAAGAGUACUUAGAGUAGAGACUACUGAGACUAGAUAGAGCUUUAUCUUGUGCUCUAGAAAAUUUAAUCAUGAAGAUUGCUAUCGAAGGAUGUGCUCACGGAGAAUUGGAGAAAAUUUAUAAUGCUAUUCAGUAUAUGGAAAAAGAAGGUGGAUUCAAAGUUGACCUUCUCAUAUGCUGUGGUGAUUUCCAAUCUACGAGAAACUCACAAGAUUUGUCUUGUAUGGCUGUCUCUCAAAAGUAUAGGAACAUCUGUUCUUUCUACAAGUAUUAUUCAGGGGGGAAAGAAGCACCCAUCCUUACACUGUUCAUCGGAGGGAACCAUGAGGCAUCAAAUCACUUACAGGAGCUCCCUUAUGGGGGAUGGGUGGCUCCUAAUAUAUAUUAUUUAGGUUAUGCUGGUGUCGUGAAUUUUGGAGGUGUACGCAUUGCUGGCCUGUCAGGUAUCUACAAGAGUAGAGAUUAUAUGAAAGGACACUAUGAGAAACCUCCUUACAGUGAAGAGACCAAGCGAUCAGUCUACCACAUCAGGAACUUGGAGGUGUUCAGACUGAAACAGCUGACUCAGCCGGUGGACAUCAUGCUGUCACAUGAUUGGCCAAGAGGAGUCACUGACUACGGGGAUGUUGAUACACUGCUCCAGAGGAAACCGUUUUUCCAACAGGAUAUAGAGCAGAACGCAUUGGGAAGUAAACCAGCUGAAGAGCUAUUACACGAGCUCAAACCAACUUACUGGUUUGCCGCUCAUCUACACUGCAAGUUUGCUGCUAUUGUUCCACACGGUCCACGAAAAGGUGACACCAGGUUCCUUGCAUUAGAUAAAUGCUUGCCGAAGAGGAAAUUUCUCCAAAUAAUGGAGCUGGACCAUGAUGACAGUCAGACACUAGAGUUGAGCUAUGACCUAGAGUGGCUCACCAUUUUACAUCUGACUAAUCAUCUGCUUUCGGUCAAAAAGGGAAUCACCUAUAUGCCUGGUCCCUCUGGUGUAGAGAGGUGGAUAUUUACUCCAACCGAGGAGGAGAAAGCCCAUGUGCUUAAGAGGUUCAAUAGUGAACUGAAAGUGCCGAGGAACUUUUCUAAGACGGUACCAGCCUGGAGUGAAGAGGGGGGACAACAAGGACGAGCGACGCAGCAGUUUAACCCGCAAACCACCACUUUCUGUGAGCUGCUGGGUGUAGACGACCCUCUAACUCUGCUCAGCGGAGGUGACGAGACACCUGGAACAUCAACUCCAACCUUCUUCACACCCGACAGGUCUAGAGACACUUCUCAAGUAUCCUUCACUUCUCCCUCGGACUACGACGAGACUUGUAGUCAGUCUAGUUUCAGCAACACCAGUUUUACUCCAAGCCCAAUCAAGAGGAUGAGUUUACCACCGCCCAAGCUAGAGUUGCCCGAUGAUAGUUCAGAGGAUUUGCUCUCUACAAGUCAGGUCUCUCAGGACAGUACGGCCAACCUGACAGCUACAGACUCAGUGAACACAACAGCCAGCUUAAAUGAAUCGGUUUUGUCGCAAUCAACGUGUGAAACAGAUGCGAGUCAAGAACCUAGUGAGGAUGGACCUCCGAUACCAAACAAAAAGUUCAAGCGGAGAAACCAAGCACUAUACACUUCUACUGAAGAAGAUUGAAUAUGAUCAUUGAAUAUAGAAGCUGAAAUAUUUUCUUCUCAUCAAUAUGGCAAUAAGGUGUCAGUUUUGAUGUAGGCUUUUGUGUGUUGCUGACUAAUUAAUUUCUUCCUUUUUUAAGAUUAGAAUUUAAUCAAUAAAAUAAUGAUCUUUCCAAGACGGUUGUUUUUGUGUAAUGAUUUGCUGUUGCAUGAUCAUGACAUGGGUACGUCUCAGUUUAAAAUUUUGUUCUGAAUGAGAAAGGAAGAAAAAGAAUACAGCAGCACUCAAAUAUGAAUCCUGUACUGCAAAAAACGGAAAGUAAAUAAAAGAAACGUCUUAUAACACUUAAAACAUAUAUUUACGCUUUUACUGUUACUCACAAGACGGUAAAUAUACAAAAAAAGAUGGUAAGUGGUGAACCGACUAUGCAAAUAACAUAAUAUUCCAACAUCAGUUCCAAAUGUCACAAUAAAGCUGGUGGAAAAUCUACUUUAGGCAUGUAUAGUCAAUUUAAGCAACUAGCUGUUACCCACGGGCUUCACCCCGUUUGACUUCAUGAGUAUUAAUAAAACUAUUGAUUGGUUAACCCUCCGAGGGUCACGCGUCAAAAAAUAGACGCACAACACACUUUGUGUAGGGUCACGCGUCGAGUUUAAGACGCACAAACAUCGUUUACGGCGAAGGCUCUAUGACUGACUGAAUCGGAUUGAACUGGAUCGAGUUAGGUAUCGUUCUUUCCGUAAUAUUCUAAGCUUUCUCCAGAGGUCUGUCUCUAAGCGCUAUUCAUUUUAGUUCCGAAAAUAUUGUAGCAGACAGCUGACGUGCGUGUAUUUGUAAACAGCUAGGUUCCCCCGGACCGAUGACUGAUGUGUUUUAUUACGUUUAUCAUUGUUUUAGUGUUAAAAAUCAAAAGUAGUGAUAUACGUGGUGCAUUAUAAGAAGAUUUAAGUGGUUUUGAAGUGCUGGUUGAUGAUCCUGAAGAAGUAGGUAGUGAUAUUGAUGUAAAUUAUCAGCCAGAUUCCUAGCUAUGGUUAGGCUAUGCAUUCUUAGCUAAACGCUAUGUACUGAAAUCCGUUUUUCGCUCAUAACUUAUUUAUUUGAUA